GUGCGGCCUCGGGCGACCGCAAGCCCCUCGCCGCCUUCCUGGAGCCCCAGAAUGGCUUUCUCCACGGGGGUCCCACCCAGCCUCUGCCGCCGCACGUCUCGGUCAAGCUGGAGCCCGCCAGCAGCUUCGCGGUGGACCUCAAUGAGCCCCUGGACUUCUCGCAGAAGGGCCUGGCCCUGGUCCAAGUGAAGCAGGAGAACGUCCCCUCCUUCCUGAGCUCUUCUUCCUUGGCCCCCUACGACUGCCCCAUGGAGCCCAUCGACCUGUCCAUCCCUAAGAACUUCAGGAAAGGAGACAAUGCAGCUACCCCCAGCGAAGCCAAGAAGCCGGAGCAGGAAGCCGGGAGCAGUGAGCAGCCCGCUCCCUGUCUGCCACCUUGCCCUGCCUUGCCGGUGACUUUGGGGCCCAACGGGAUCCUGGAAAACCCUGCAGUGCCUGCCACAACAGCCACCACCCUGGAGCCCCACUCCCAGGCCCUGCAGGGCUCCGUUCAGCUCGCUGUCCCCAUCUACUCCUCAGCUCUCGUGAACAGCCCCCCGCUCUUGGGCAACUCCACCGUCAUAAGCAACUCAGCCCUCCUGAGCAGCUCAGCCCUGCUGCGGCCGCUGCGGCCCAAGCCCCCCCUGCUCUUGCCAAAGCCCCCUGUGACAGAGGAGUUGCCCCCACUGGCCUCCAUCGCCCAGAUCAUCUCAUCCGUGUCUUCGGCCCCCACCCUUCUGAAAACCAAGGUGGCAGACCCAGGGCCCACGAGCACCAGCAGUAACACUGCAGCUUCAGACAGCUUUGGAAGCACCAUCCCUAAGGUCGCCACCACCCCCUCCGACACCACCAGCCCAAAAGAAUCCAGCGACCCAGCCCCUAUGGCCAGCAGCCCAGAAGCAGCCUCACCCACCGAGCAGGGGCCGGCUGGCUCAUCCAAGCGGAGGGGUCGGAAGAAGGUGCUCAGGAGCCGGUCCCAUGCCAGCAGCAGCGGGGUGGACCUAGACUCCAGCGGGGAGUUUGCCAGCAUUGAGAAGAUGCUGGCCACCACGGACACCAACAAGUUCAGUCCAUUUCUGCAGACUGCAGAGGAUGACACUCAGGAUGAGGUGGCUGGGGUCCCCGCCGACCACAAUGGGCCCAGCGAUGAAGAGCAGGGAAGCCCCCCAGAAGACAAGCUGCUGAGGGCAAAGCGGAACUCCUAUGCCAACUGCCUGCAGAAGAUCAACUGUCCCCACUGCCCCCGGGUCUUCCCUUGGGCCAGCUCCCUCCAGAGGCACAUGCUCACACACACUGGUCAGAAACCCUUCCCUUGUCAAAAAUGCGAUGCCUUCUUUUCUACCAAAUCUAACUGUGAACGCCACCAGUUGCGCAAACACGGACUUACCACCUGUUCCCUGAGAAGAAACGGGCUUAUCCCCCAGUCCAAAGAGAGUGAUGUUGGAUCCCAUGAUAGCACAGAUAGCCAGUCGGACACAGAGACUGCCGCCACAGCAGGCGAGGUGCUGGACCUUACCGCGCGUGACAAGGAGCAACAGCUGCAGCAGCAGCAGCCAGCACCGCCACUGCCACCGCCAUCAGAGGGAGACACUGAGCUCAGCCAGGUCGCAGAGGAACCCCCUGCGGAGGCGGUCAAGGCCGGGACCACCUCCCCUGUGACCAGAGAGGAAAAGGAGGCCGAGGAGAACCAGGAGCCGGAGGAAGAGUGUGGCAUGGAGGAGGGGGAUGGGGAAGGCCCGGAGGAAGACGCGGCCAGCAACCGGAGCCUGGACCUCGGCCUGGCCAGCAAGCUGAUGGGCUUCAGGCUGGCCGAGGGCGAGGCCGGCGCCGCAGGCAGCGGAGGCUGUGCCCCACAGGACCAGAGGCACGCCUGCGACACCUGCGGGAAGAGCUUCAAGUUCCUCGGCACCCUGAGCCGCCACAGGAGGGCCCACGGCCACCGGGAGCCCCAGGAUGAGGAGGAGGCGCUGCCCCUGGCUCUGGAGGGCGAGGGUGGAGCGGCCGAGGGGCCUGUCCACGCCGUGGAGCCAGAGGAGAAGCCCGCCGAGCCCCCAGCAGCAGUGGAGCCAGCCUCGGACACCGGGGAGGCCUCAGGGGAGAAGCAGAACGAGGAGGCGGAGGGUCCUUCUGAUGGGGAGGGCGCGGCCGAGAAGUCCUCGGAAAAGAGUGGUGACGACAAGAAGCCAAAGACAGACUCCCCCAGGAGUGCGGCCAGCAAGGCGGACAAGAGGAAGAAGGUGUGCAGCGUGUGCAACAAGCGGUUCUGGUCCCUGCAGGACCUGACCCGGCACAUGAGGUCGCACACAGGGGAAAGGCCAUACAAAUGUCAGACCUGCGAGCGAACCUUCACCUUGAAGCACAGCCUGGUUCGCCACCAGCGGAUCCACCAGAAAGCCAGGCACCCCAGACACCACGGGAAGGACAGCGACAGGGACGAGCGGGGUGAGGAGGACAGUGAAGACGGGUCCACCCACAGCGGCAACAACCCCGUCUCAGAGAACGAGGCCGAGGUGGUGCCCAGCACCAGCAACCACAUGGCCGUCACCCGGAGCCGGAAAGAGAGCAGUCGCCGGGAGGAGCGGGCCACGGCGGCUCAGGUGGGUGGCCCUGACCUGGAGAGCCCGGCCACUCUGGUGCAGGACCUUCCGGAGCCACGUGGCAAGAGGCCCGGUGCCCCCGUCUUGGCCGCUGACAGUGCCCCACAGCUCUUGGGGAUGGAGUGACAGCCCGCCCUGUCCCCCUCAGCACACAGACAAAAGCCAGCAGAGCCUCCGCGUCUGCACCUCACAACGUUUCCUCGGUGCCCUCCAGCUGUUAGGGAGGGAGAGCGAGAGACACAAGCAGAGCGUGGCCCUUCACCCAGUGCCAUAGCCCCCGCGCCACUGGGCGCCACCGCAGCACGCGCCCGUGCCAGUGCCUUAACUACUUACCAGAUCCUCCCAUGUCAUCAAGGGUGUUGUGUUUUCCCAAAAUGACUUUUUAGCAAAACAAAUAUUUUAAUGAAUUGUUGGGAGAGGACCUCUUCAUUUAAGCAUUAACGUGACCUUUUGUAUUGGUGUGUGUGCACUUGUGCUGGUGAAUCUGUGAUAGUACUGUUUGUUCUGUGAGCUGGAAACAGAAGAAAAAAACAUACCCUUGGACACCCAUAGCCAAUAACUGGAAGAAAAUGAUGUGAAUUUCAUGUAAAUGACCUGAGGAAAGAUGGAUAAGAUGCUAAUUUCUCAAACAGACCCUUUGUUUUCUUUCUCUGCUUCACAGUGGAGCUAUGAAUCUGGUCCUCGGUAUUACAGGAUGUAAUCGAAGGUUUCCAGUAUGGUUUUAAAUCAAAACCAGGAAAGAUUCUAGCUUCAGCCUCGUAAAUGUUUCCACUCUUUCAGCAUUAGACAAGGUUACUGUUCAAGUUUCAAGACAUCCGUUUCUUAACUUACAGAAAAGAGUUACCCCCUGGCAACUUAACCUCUGGAAAACAUGCAUGGAUGUCAUACAUUUGAUUCUCCCACUCCCCUUUCGGUAUAUGUAUUAUUAAUAUUAUUAUUAUUAUUAUUAUGUUUAGUUCAUCAGCUUGCUGGUCUCUGCAGUCAGCAGAAACAAAUGGGCAAUAUUUGUCCUGGGAGACCUGCGCCACCCCCAGGUCCCCGCCGGCACCUCGGGUGGUAGCUCUUCUACUGUACUCAGACGAGCCUUUCUUCCAUGACUCCAGAAUCCAUCAGGGGCCAUGAGCGGUCCUGAGCACCGCCAAGGAGCCGCUGCACCGGGAGAGCAAGGACGUGUGCGUCCCAGAGCAGGCGGCCCAGGAGCCAGGGCCGCGCUGGGAGCGCUGCAGAGAUGGGUCUAGAGAAAGCAGGGCAGUGACGAGGCCGGUUACUCAUGAGCAAGGUAUUCCCAGUCUUCCUGCUAAGCCUGGUCCCAGCCUUACCCACCUGUGCUACUGUCAUUUGCAAAGCGAGGAAAUACUACUACUGGUAAUAAAACUACACGUGCAAGAUUAAAGAUGAGAAAUAGAUUUAUAUUUACCUUCCUGCAGUGUGGGGUUGGUGUCUGAAGAUAAGCGUGCUGUUCUUAGUUUCUUCAGUAGCCUGAGCCUCUGGGUGCAAACAGGCAGG